GUUUCAUGAAGUGCCCAUCGUGUUGUAUACUUCUUCAAAAAUCACUCGGGAUCACACGGUCAUUACAACUGUAUCAAAAUGUUCAAGUCUGGUUUAGUAGGCUUAUUCAUAUUAUACUUGAACAUAUUCGACUACAUUGGAGCGCCUUCAAAUCACAUUCAGAUACUAACUAAUCGUUCACCAAAAGCAAAAAUAAAUGAACUCCGAAAAAUCACACCAAGAGAAGUUUUGCCAAUGAUUAGUAUCAUGAAUAAAAAAACAUUUACCCUCUCGACUCCAGAAGAUUUGAAAACUGUUUCCAUGGUAGAUGGAAGAAUAGCAUUUGGGACACAGUUUACCUCGUCAGACCCUCACGACAAGCAGCAAAUAUUUCUUUGUCCCAACGAAAAUUCUAACGAGAAAUGCGUUGAACCUAAAACGUUUCAAAAACAGGAACCUUUGCAGUGUGGAACUGAGAUCGUGCCUGUUUUGAAAAUGACUUUCCAGGUACCCACGUGUGGACCAGACGCCAAAGGAACUCUUGUUACAGUGAUUAAUGAAAUUUGCAAAGCGCAAAUGCCAUAUAAAUUCAAUACCGAAGAAGUUGUACAUUAUAAAUUCUGUUUCGAUUCAAAAAAAAGAAAAACUCUCUUCACUUCGCAUAACAUCAGAUCUCCAAAGCUACUCACUUCAAAUUUGCUAUUCCGAGAGCGAGAAGUGAACUACGAAAUGCUCAACGACGAUGAAAUCAUCGGUUCAAACUACACGAUAUUAAAAAGCACACUCGAGAAAGAAGCGUCAUUACAGCUAGAAACUCAAAAAGAUACACCACCAGAGCCAACAACUGACCCCGAAACAUUUCCUUAUAAAGUUCAAAUGUUGGUACCACCCGAUGAUAUGGCAUUCGCCACAUGGAGGAAAUCCGCGUUCCACUUUUUAAACGCCGAAUUGCAACAUGAAAAAUUAAUCACACUCUGGAAUAAGAUUAAUCGUUACGUUACAACCGCCAUUUCAGAAAUGCCCGUCAAAGAAAGGAAGUUCACGUCAAUUUAUACGAGCGUAUCUGAUAUUCCUGAAGAAAGUGAUUCUGCGCCAGGAGGCCAAAAUCAAGUUUAUAAUGUUUGGAUUAAACUCAUCUACAAUGAGAAAAAACAUCACGGAGCGAUUAUUGUGAUGAAUAAUUUCAUCAGUACAAACGACCCAGGAUCUUCAGUUUCUCCUUCUCCGAUGGAAAAAGCAAUGGAUAAAUAUUGUUCGCCUAUAGUAAAUUUAUGUGUGUCACAUUUGAAAAAAGAGUUCGAAAUGAUUGGUGGAGUUGUACGUUGUUGUGAAGUGAAUAAAGAAUCUGAAGAAUUUUUUGGUAUAAAAAAGUCGUCUAAUAAAGUAUUGUUGCUGCCAAUUAAAAAUAUAAAUAUGUAUUGAGA